CAGCAGCUACGGCUGCGGCAGCCGGCCUCGCUUUGCGGCAAGGGCGGGCUUGUGGGCGGGCAGGCCUGAUGCAAUCUCCCUGCCGGGAAGCGCAAUCCCCUUCUUGAAAAGGAAAGGGAAAGAGGCGGCCGCCACCUGUCUGGUUCGAGGGGCGCGCGGCGCUUUACGCAGGAGCAGCGAUGUCUCUGGAGAUCCUCAAGCAGACGGGCGCGCUGGCCCUGGGUGAGUUUGUGGGGUGUGUGUGUUUGGGUGUGUUUUGGGCAAAGAGAGCCCGGCAGGGAAGCCUUCGGAAAAAAAAGGCCCUGGGAUCUGGCAAGGGCAGGCGGAGAUCCUGUCUCGUUCAUAAGCAAUAAGAAUAAUAAUAGAAAUUAUUCACGUUGGGUGAGAUGGCGCAGCUGCGGAAAGGGCCCAGGAACAAAAGAUGCGCGUCCUCCUCCUCCUUUUGCCAUUGUAGCAACUGCAGCCCUGGCCUCGGAUGAAUGAGGGGCCCGCCAUCUCCACGCGUCGGAACCAGAUUUCAAGGCCCCGAGGCGUUUGGCUGCGCGCUCCGUGCGCCCUAGACCUUUCCUUCCCCAUCGGCAGCUGUUUAAAAAAAGAUCAGCUAGCGGCUGGUGUUAAAGGAUUUAAAUGGCCACUUAUAGAUCCGCCCUUCUUCCCCUGCUUUCCUUGGGAAGAGGCGCUGCACGCGAUUGUAUAGGUUUGCUAGUGCCUCGGGGCAGGGGGCUUUUUCUGUAGUCACCUAUUUCCCCUGCCAGCGCUAUAGCCACGUCCGCUUUUCCCCCUUGCAACGCAGGAAAUCGGUGCAAGGGAGGAUGGGCUUCUCAUGCCGCUCUUCUGUCUCCUUCCAGCCAGCCUCUUGUCGGGAAAAGCGGCUUGUAGCAAUGAGUUAAAGAAAUGCAGCUUACCAGAGUCAUCCUGGGGGGUUGGAAAGUCGGGGUUCAACCUGCCAGACAUGUUCUGGCGUUUGGAAACGGGUCUCCUCCUUCCGUUUUUAUUACUCAUGUUGGGUGUGCCAAGCGACGUCCAGGCACAAGGAGAAGCUGUAUUAGCAGGCUUGGGGGGUGGGAAGGUAUUAAAUAUGAGAUAUUUAAGAGGAAGGACCCUCGCCAUCCCCAAAAAGAGCCUAAUAAGGCCUCGGUGUGCAAAUGGAGUGUUACUGGGGUGAACGGUGGACAACUGGGAAGGAGGACAAUUGUGCAGGGUGGAUUUCAUUUAAUUCAAAUCGAUUUAAAUCACGAUUUAAAUCACUAGUCAGUAAGACUUGAUUUAAAUCUUUCUUUCUUUUUUACAGAAAGACUUAUUCUUGCUGGUAUAAUCUUAAUAUUUACAACCAGAGGAGGGUUUCAUUUUUGGCAUAAUAAAUUUUCAGAGUUGUUUUUACAGUUGUAUCAAAAAUUGCUGAUUUGGUUAUACAAUUAAAAAUACAUAGACAGAUAAUUAUGAAAUUCUUGUGAGGUUUAGUAAGUUAACUGUUUAUAUUUGGACAACUUCUGCUGUACUUUGUUGGAAGGAGAAAAAUAAUCAUUUCCUUAAUAACAAUUUAAACAAUUUUAUUUAACUAAAGCAAUAACAUUAUAGCAUAUGUAUCCAUGUUUGUUAACUGAUGUGGUUAAACUUUUUUUAAAAAAUGAAACAAAAACUUAGACUGAGUUUUAGCACACAUGAAAAACUUAAAACAAAUCCUUAUUUCCCAAUGAAUAGCUUUUGGACUCUAAUGUAACUUAAACAGAAAACUAUCUUUAGAAAGAUUUUUCCUCCAAAAGCAUUUUGUUUUAAAAAUCCAAUUUAAAUAAUAAAAAGCAUUUUUUUGUUUUUUUAAAAAAUCAUUGAUUUUUAUCCACCCUGCAAUUGUGUAAGGCAGAGCUUCGCGCUGCCACAUUUUGUGGCAGGCCCUCGCUUGUCAUUUUUGCAACGAAGUGACUGGCCUUUUAGCCGCCUUGGGGUGACUGACUCCCAUUUUCAAUCACAAAUCCACAGACCACCUGAAGGAAGCUUGUGAGACACAGAAUUGGAAGCCCUGCCUUAGGUAAUGAGAAGAAAGGUUAUAUAAUCAACUUUCCUCUCCUGCUCUGUAGGUUUGAGGCUGGCAGUGCACCUGGGGGGGAAAUAACUCUCCCCUCAACUGGCAGUGCUAAAGGAAGGUUUAGGGUGUGGUAGCAGCACCCCAAAUCUGCACUGUGCUCUUGUUGAAAACCUAAAGCAUCAGUAGUUGAAUUCCAACUCCUAUCAUCCCUGAUUGAUGAAAGUCCUGCAAAUCUGGAGGACACUAUAUUGAUAGCCGCUGCUCUAAAUAUAUAUAUAUUUUAAACAUAUAUAUAUAUAUAUAUAUAUAUAUAUAUAUAUUUAAAGAAAAAUGAAACAAACUGGUAUAUAUGCAUUAUUUAUUAUCAUGUCCUGGGCAUUCUCCAUAUCAGUAGAACAUGGCUUUUAGUUUAAAGCAGAUAACAUUAAUAUUAAUUUAUUUCUAUCCCGCUCCCCGUCCCCCACAAACAGGGGCUCAAGGUGGCUUACAGAUAAAAUAGGAUUAAUUGAAAAAAAUAUAAAAAAUUGUCCAGUAGCACCUUAGAGACCAACUAAGUAUGUUCUGGGUAUAAGCUUUCGUGUGCAUGUACACUUCUUCAGAUACAUGCAUGCAUACGAAAGCUUAUACCCAGAACAUACUUAAUUGGUCUCUAAGGUGCUACUGGACAAUUUUUUUAUUUAUUUCGACUGCGUCAGACCAACAGGGCUACCUACCUGAAUCUAGAAGAUAAAAUAGGAACAGCUAAAGACAUAGAGGUGGAGGGGAAAACAAACAAAUCAUUAAUAGAUAAUAAAACCGAAACUGUACAGAGUCUUCUUUUUAGAGCCAAAAGGACAUUGAAGUCUUUAAUACUGGGCUUGAUUGGGAAGGAUGGUGCCGCAAUAGAAUAGCUUGAUUUUGGCCACAGCUGCCUGGUCUGCCUCACUUGGUGAAGGUCCUUGAAGAAGUUUUGGAUGCCUUAUUACAGGCGUCAGCAACCUUUUUCAGCCGUCCCUCAGGUCCACUGUCCUUCAGACCAUGUGGUGGGACUGAACUAUAUUUUGAAGAAGAACAAAAUGAACGAAUUCCUAUUCUCCACAAAUAACCCAGAGAUGCAUUUUAAAUAAAAGGACACAUUCUACUCAUGUAAAAACAUGCUGAUUCCCAGACCGUCUGCAGGCCGGAUUGAGAAGGCAAUUGGGCCGAAUCCGGCCCACAGGCCUUAGGUUACCCAAAGGUAAAGGGACCCCUGACCAUUAGGUCCAAUCGUGUCUGACUCUGGGGUUGCGGCGCUCAUCUCGCUUUAUUGGCCGAGGGAGACGGUGUACAGCUUCCGGGUCAUGUGGCCAGCAUGAUUAAGCCGCUUCUGGCGAACCAGAGCAGCGCACGGAAACGCCGUUUACCUUCCCGCCGGAGUGGUACCUAUUUAUCUGCUUGCACUUUGACGUGCUUUUGAACUGCUAGGUUGGCAGGAGCAGGGACUGAGCAACGGGAACUCACCCCGUCGUGGGGAUUCGAACCGCCGACCUUCUGAUUGGCAAGCCCUAGGCUCUGUGGUUUAACCCACAGCGCCACCCGCGUCCCUAGGUUACCUACCCCUGCCUUAUUAUAUGCUUCCUCCACACCUACUAACGCCAUUCUGUUGUGUAUGGGUGGAGCCAUUUGGGCUACUUAAGAGUUGUCGCUCAAAGAACGAGUUCAUUGGUAGCCAUUCCAGAGAGGAGAUUAGUACCUUCUCUGCAUGUUCUCCUAGCCGAGUCUGAUCCAUCGACAGUCUCCAUCUUCAGAUGUUGGACUGCCAGCUCCCUUAAGCCCCAUCCAGCCUGGCCGGUGGUCGGCUGUGAAGGGAGCUGAGAGUCUUAGGGCCUCCAGAGCAGCAACAGAGGUUCCCCACCAGUUUUUAGAGGCAAUAAUAAUAAUAAUAAUAAUAAUAAUUUAUUGUUUAUACCCCACCCAUCUGGCUGGGUUUCCCCAGCCACUCUAGGCGGCUUCCAGUAAAGGUAAAGGGACCCCUGACCAUCAGGUCCAGUCGUGACCGACUCUGGGGUUGCGGCGCUCAUCUUGCUUUAUUGGCCGAGGGAGCCGGCGUACAGCUUCCGGGUCAUGUGGCCAGCAUGACUAAGCUGCUUCUGGCGAACCAGAGCAGCACACGGAAACGCCAUUUACCUUUCUGCCAGAGUGGUACCUAUUUAUCUACUUGCACUUUGACGUGCUUUCGAACUGCUAGGUUGGCAGGAGCAGGGACUGAGCAACGGGAGCUCAGCCUGUUGCGGGGAUUCCAACUGUCCACCUUCUGAUCGGCAAGUCCUAGGCUCUGUGGUUUAACCCACAGCGCCACCCGUGUCCCAGGCGGCUUCCAACAGAAUAUUAAAAUACAAUAGUCUAUUAAACAUUAUCGAGUGCAAAGCAACAAUUUUGUGUAGAUGGAUCUCUGUGUGAAUGAAUGUGUGCUAUGUGCAAGGCUCCUAAUUUCCAUGCCUGCUUUUACAGGAGAGGUCUAUGUCUCUGAUCGAGAGGGAAGUGACGUUACUGGAGACGGGUCACAGGAGAAGCCGUACAAAACUGCUCUGAAGGUAUCAGACUAGCCCAGUUUAGGUUCUCUCAUUUUCCCCCAGGAGUUCACAUCCACGGCCAAUCAGUGGGCUUAUUCUGUGGCGGUUCCUGAGGUUACUGCAGCUGAAAAGUCUUUGGUGCAACGGUGCUUUCAGCAGUUUGCGCAAUGUCUGUGAUUGCCUGCUUCGCGUAUCCUUAACAUUUGUCUGCACAAUGGGGUUCCAAAGAGCAUUCAGGGCAGUGUUCAAAAUGUGCCAGGCACAUUUUGGGAGUUGUAGUCUGGCAGUGCCCUGGCUGCCCCUGCUUUUAGAACUAGCUGUCUUAAAAAAUAAAACAAAACUUAUUCCAUCCUUUUCUCUUUUUAAAGGCUUUGCUGUCUGCCGGAAAGGAGCCGUUUCCUACAAUCUACGUGGACUCGCAAAAAAAAGACGAGGUUGAGUAUUAAUGGGUGUUUUUCUGCCGUUUCCACGGGGAAAGGAUUUGGUUUUGAUUGGCAGUAGGUUCAGGACAGACAAAAUAGAGAGUCUGCACACCAACACAUAAGAAUUUGCAAGAUGUAGUGAUGGCACUCACUUGGUUAGCUUUAAAGGGGGAUGAAACAAAUCGAUGGAGGAUUAAUCAACAGUGACAAAAAGGUACCUGCGACAAAAUGUUGCAGCGUGAAGUACUCUGUUCACUAUACCAGCCAGCCAGCCAGCCAGCCAGCCUGAGACUCCAUUAUGUUAUUUUCCUCCUCCUCCUGUUUUUGCUAAUAUAUUGUGUUUCUGCAAAACUUUGGGGUUCUCUCAAUCUUGCUGGAUAACUCCUCUUGCCCCUGGAUGGUUCAAUUUUGACAGUGUAAAUAAUAGCACUUAUUUUCUGAACAUUGGGGAAAGGAGAUGUGUGGGAGCCAUGAAGUCAUGGCAAAGGCUUGUAGCGCCACCUGGUGCCUCGCUGACCUCGGUGACCUGCAUGUCCAUGCCUUGCAGUGUAUUAAGUGUAUAACCUUAUAUGGAGUUAUGCUCCCCCUCUGGGCAGUAAUUGCCUUAUAUGGCGAUGGGUGGGUAAAAGCCAUGACCGGAUGUAGGUAACGUGAGACAUUGGCAAACGGCCAUGCGACAGGAGAGAACAAAGGAUAACAAAAGAUACCGGAGAGGAGAGAAGUUCGAAUGAGCUGCCCUCCAUCCAUGAAAAUAUAGCUGGCUCACUGUGUCCUUUUUUCAAAUGCUGAGCACCAUUUAAUGACGGCUGGCUUCCGUCAGAGAUGAUAGCUCUAAGGAACUUUUGAGUCAUCUGGUUGGCCACUAGAUGGACCCUGGGGUUUUAUGUUUUCACCGGAAAGCGAAAGUUAACUCUCUUCUUUACGCUUUCGCUUUCUCUUCUUUUCAUCUGCCCUAGAGAUGGGAUACCAUUUCCAAGACCCAGCUGAAGAAUGUCAAAAAGCUGUGGCACAGGGAACAACAAAAAGCUGAAGCUAGAGAAAAGAAAGAGGUAAGGUUUGCAAACGUUGCUCCUUUUUCUUGUGGCAUCUUCAAGACUCCCAGUGGCGGUUUAACAAUUCCCCCCAGGGAAUUCUGGGAGCUGUAGCUCAAAUGGGGCCUUAAUGCUAACGUUCCCAUUGGUUCUAGUGUUCCCAGAUCACUCCCCACACGCUUGCAUUCAGAGUAGAGUCUCGACUAAACCACUCUUUAAAACAACCCGCAGGAAGAAGAUCUCUUGCGCCGUGAAAAGAACUUGGAGGAAGCAAAGAAGAUAAUCAUUAAGAAUGACCCCAGUCUCCCAGAGCCCAAAUGUGUGAGUAAAGCUUGAAUGCUUGUGCAGACAACCUUAACCAGCUCUUUUCAGGGGGUGGGGGGAGAGCCCUUUUAAAUGACAUAUGCUAGGGGGUGUAGGCAAUGUGGUUGCUUCCCUAUAUUGGUCUCCCAACUCAUCCCAUCAUCCCUGACCCAUGGGAUUGGGAGUCCAACAGUAUAUAGAAAAGAAAAAGGUAAAGGACACUUGGACAGUUAAAAUAAUAAUAAUAAUAAUAAUAAUAAUAAUAAUAAUAAUAAUAAUUAUUUAAUAUUUAUACCCCGCCCAUCUGGCUUGGCUUCCCCAACCACUCUGGGCGGCUUCCAACAAAAUAUUGAAAUACAGUAAUGCAUCAAACAUUAAAAGCUUCCCUAAACAGGACUUAAGUCCAGUCAAAGGGGACUAUGGGGUUGCGGCACUCAUCUCGCUUUGAGGCUCAGGGAGCCGGUGUUUGUCCACAGACAGCUUUCCGGAUCAUGUGGCCAGCAUGACAAAACUGCUGCUGGUGCAACGGAACACCGUGACAGAAACAAGAGCGCAUGGAAACGCCGUUUACCUUCCUGCCUCAGUAGUACCUAUUUAUCUAUGUGCACUGGCGUGCUUUCGAACUGCUAGGUUGGCAGGAGCUGGGACAGCAACAGGAGCUCACUCCACUGCAGGGAUUCGAACCGCUGACCUUCCGAUCGGCAAGCCCAAGAGGCUCAGUGGUUUAGACCACAGCACCACCCACGUCCCUUGCCCAACAGUGUAGCCCAUGAUCCACACCCCUGAUUUAAAGCGAUAGUAGGAGGGUCCAAACGUUGAAUGGGAAUCUGUAUUGUGCAUGUUUAUAGUUUAGCACAUUCAAAAUAAACUUAGCUCUCUUUUUUCAGGGUUAGAAACCCAAGUAUUUCUAAACAUCUGGAUCAUUAGACAAAUGCAUGGAGGAUAAGCGUAUAUAACAAUGGCUGCUAGCCACAGUGGCUAUAUUCUACCCCCGCUGUCAGUGUGCCUUUGAAUACCAGAUGCUGAGAAUUGUGGAAUUGGAAGGGACCCCUAGGGAUCAUCUAGUUAUGUAAACAAUUGAUUAAAAUACAACUUAAAAACAAGAUUAAAAUACAACAUUAAAAUGCAGCCUCAUUUCAAUAGAAACUCAAAUCAAAAACUUUUUGGGGAUGAAAACGUCAAAUCUUCACCAGACUGGUCCUACGUGAGCCAGAAAAAAGCCAGGGAAGUCCCCAAAAACAGUUCAUCACAGAAGGAGAAAGGAAAAAGGAAAGAGGGGGAGGGGAUCAAGUUGAUUCCAAGCCAAAGGCCAGGCAGAACAACUCUGUCUUACAGGCCCUGCAGAUGUCAAAUUAUGUUAGCCUCUGGAUCCAUGCCUUAACGCAGAUUAAAAUCUCUGCUUCAGUCCCAAGCAUGCCCUGAAAUGGUAGUGGGGAACCCUUCCCAGAUCAUAUGACUGGAUGCUUAAAGGGCAACUAUCUUCUUUGGCGAUCACACGUACGCGAGUAAGAUUGUCUUCCAUGAACACGGUUUUAAUAGUGAGUCUGUAAGUGACUGUGGAGGCCAAUUCUGGAUCCACACGUCCUUCCACAGUGGGGACAUAGGUUUCCGGGCGGGAGUUGAUCAUGGUGUGGGUUUGCCAAGCGUGCCUUCCUCUUAGCGUGUUUCUCCCUUUCGUCCUGAGUUCGAGUGUCUUCAAAAACCCUGACACCUUUAGUAAAGGCUGUUCUCCAAUUGGAGUGCUUGCAGGCCAGUGUUUCCCAGUUGUCGGUGCUUAUACUACAUUUUUUUUAGAUUUGCCUUGAGAGAGUUUUUAAACCUCUUUUGUUGACCACCAGCAUUACGCUUUCCAUUUUUAAGUUCGGAAUAGAGUAGUUGCUUUGGAGGACGAUAAAUCAGGCAUCCGCACAACAUGACCAGUCCAACAAAGUUGGAUGUUGAAGAAUCAUUGCUUUGACACUGGCGAUCUCUGCUUCUUCCAGUACGCUGGCAUUAGUUCGCCUGUCUUCCCAAGUGAUGUGUAAAAAUUUUAUCAGCAUGCUCCAACUUAGGCCCAAACUAUCUUGAGAGACUGCCUCCUUCCCUACAAACCUUCUUGGUUGUUAAAAUCAGCAGAAGGGGCCCUCAUAGUCAUUCUGCUGCCAUCAAGUUUUUUGGGGGGUGGCAUUCUCUGUGGCAGCCCCUGAGUUGUAGAAUUUCUUCCCCACAGAGGUAUUAUCCGGCUUUUGGUGAAUGCUAAAAAUGGAACUCUUCAGCACCUGAAACGUCUUCCUGUAAUCUGUUUUAACUGUUGUUGAUACCGAAUUUCAAAUUGUUGCAACCUCACCCUGGAACCUGCUGGUGAUUCAGGGUUUAAGAAAUUUGAUGAUGGUGCUUUAGGGCUUUUCUGUCCAAUAAGCAUGCAUGGACCAUAAGACCAUAAGAGCUGGACCAUAAAGAAGGCUGAUCGCCGAAGAAUUGAUGCUUUUGAAUUAUGCUGCUGGAGGAGACUCUUGAGAGUCCCAUGGACUGCAAGAAGAUCAAACCUAUCCAUUCUGAAGGAAAUCAGCCCUGAGUGCUCACUGGAAGGACAGAUCGUGAAGCUGAGGCUCCAAUACUUUGGCCACCUCAUGAGAAGAGAAGACUCCCUGGAAAAGACCCCGAUGUUGGGAAAGAUGGAGGGCACAAGGAGAAGGGGACGGCAGAGGAUGAGAUGGUUGGAUGGUGUUCUUGAAGCUACCAGCAUGAGUUUGAUCAAACUGCGGGAGGCAGUGGAGGACAGAAGUGCCUGGCGUGCUCUGGUCCAUGGGGUCACGAAGAGUCGGACACGACUAAACGACUAAACAACAACAACAAAGCAUGCGUGGGGUUGCAGCUGCCAUGUGUUAGCUGUGGAAAGUGACCUUGAGUGCUUGUGUCCAGGCAGGCUGCCAAAUUUAACUUGCUGAAAUGCAUGGAAUUGGCUUCCCAGCUCACUGAAUCGUUCCACCUCCUCUGGCAGGAGAAUUGGAUUGGAAAGAAUAUUUUUCCUUCCACCAAAAAGAGCAGACCAGGAAAUCCAUCUAGAUUUUGACACAUUUGAGGUUAGACUCAAACUACCGUAUUUUUCGCUCCAUAAGACGCACUUUUUUCCUCCUAAAAGGUAAGGGGAAAUGUCUGUGCGUCUUAUGGAGUGAAUGCCUAUGGAUGGCGGGGGGAUCCUGCUGCAGUCGCGAGCGGAGGAUCCAUGGUUCCCCUUCCUUCCCUCCUCCGUGGCUCACUUUGAAGCAGCAAAGCGGGAGAGGAGCUGCUUACACGCCUGUAAGUGGCUCCUGUCCGGUUGGCUGCUUUAAAGCACAUGGAUCCUCAGGAUUUUUGCAAUGGGUCACCCCAAGUUCACCAUCAGAUCACAUAGCAUGUCCAUGGCUACAGCCUGCACCAAAAAAAUCACACACCCACUGUUGCCUGGGGCUGCAAUGGCGCAAAAACACGGUUACAAAGCACGGAUCCACAUGGAUUCUCAGGAUUUUUGCGUUGGGCUACCCCAAACUCACCAUCAAAUCACAUGUCUGCGGCCACAGCAUGAACCACAAAAAUCAUACAUCCACUGUUUCUUUCAGAAUAUUUUUUUUCUUGUUUUCCUCCUGUAAAAACUAGGUAUGUCUUAUGGUUAGGUGCGUCUUAUGGAGCGAAAAAUACGGUAUUUGCUCCUUGUCUUGUGACAUAGAUUGGUUGGUCCUGAUACAACUGGCGAGACUUGGAGUUUUUCUAAUGUGUCUUGCUUUGCUUUUCAUGCGUAAGGUAUUGUAAACGGUAUCUGAGGAAAAAAGCAACAACACUCAAGGAGAGUUUCUUUCGUAUUCUUGAUUCGGUGUUAGGCAAGCAAUCUGUGUGUAUAUCUUGAUAAUAUUUUCAAAGAAAAACAACUUACUCGGCUGCUUUCUAACAGGUGAAAAUUCGUCACUUAGAGGCCCACAGAGGAGAGAGAGUCAAGGUCUUUGGCUGGGUCCACAGGCUGCGUAGACAAGGUGAGUGCCGUGUUAAAAGGAACCAGUUCUGUAAAGGGGGAACAACAAACUGCCCCUCAAAAGGAUUGAAGCCUAGAAAAUUUGUGAGAGAACCAGCAUGUUGCAAAACUUCAAGUUGAAGCUUCCUUAGGGAAAGCCAGUUUAAUUUAGUAGACUGACGUAGUUCGUGGUACGUAUCUUAUCAAAGCAGCCUAUCUUUUGUUGACUUGGGCUGCUGUUUCACAGGACUUUCCCCUCAGAAAAUGACUUACCGUAUUUUUCGUUCUAUAGGACGCACCGGUCCAUAGGACGCACCUCGUUUUUUUGGGGGGGAAAUGAAUAAAAAAAAUCCCCCCCCCGCGGCUGCCGCCCCAAGCCUCGCGUGCUUCGGGCGACAAGCUGCAGCCCCAAGCCUUGCGCGCUGGGCGGGACCUCCCGCCGGGCGCGCAAGGCUUGCAGACACUCGCCCGAAGCACGGGGAGCCCUCCGGAGGGCGCCCCGUGCGUCGGGCGACAAGCUGCAGCCCCAAGCCUUGCGCGCUGGGCGGGCCCCCCCGCGGGGCGCGCACGGCUGGCAGACACUCGCCCGACGCAAGGGGAGCCCGCCGGAGGGCUCCCCGUGCUUCGGGCGACAAGCUGCAGCCCCAAGCCUUGCGCGCUGGGCGGGACCUCCCGCCGGGCGCGCGAGGCUUGCAGACACUCGCCCGAAGCACGGGGAGCCCUCCAGAGGGCUCCCGUGCUCGGGCGACAUGCUGCAGCCCCAAGCCUUGCGCGCUGGGCGGGACCUCCCGCCGGGCGCGCGAGGCUUGCAGACACUCGCCCGAGCACGGGAGCCCCCCGGCGGGCUCCCCGUGCUACGGGCGACCAGCUGCAGCCCCAUGCCUUGCGCGCUGGGCGGGACCGCCCGCCGGGCGCGCGAGGCUUGCAGACACUCGCCCGAAGCACGGGGAGCCCUCCGGAGGGCUCCCCGUGCUUCGGGCGACAGCUGCAGCCCCAAGCCUUGCGCGCUGGGCGGGACCUCCUGCCGGGCGCGCAAGGCUUGCAGACACUGCCCGAAGCACGGGAGCCCUCCGGAGGGCUCCCGUGCUUCGGGCGACAAGCUGCAGCCCCAAGCCUUGCGCGCUGGGCGGGACCUCCUGCCGGGCGCGCAAGGCUUGCAGACACUCGCCCAAGCACGGGAGCCCUCCGGAGGGCUCCCGUGCUCGGGCGACAGGCUGCUGCCCCAAGCCUCGCGCGCUCGGCGGGACCUCCUGCCGGGCGCGCAAGGCUUGCGGACACUCGCCGGGGCUGCAGGCUGCUGCCUGCAAGCCUUGUGAGCCCGCGGGAACUCCCACCGGGCUUGCAAGGCUUGCGGAUAGCUUCCUGAAGCCUGGAGAGCGAGAGGGGUCGGUGCGCACCGAUGCCUCUCGCUCUCCAGGCUUCAGCGAAAGCCUGCAUUCGCUCCAUAGGACGCACACACAUUUCCCCUUCAUUUUUGGAGGGGAAAAAGUGCGUCCUAUGGAGCGAAAAAUACGGUAGUUCUUACCUUGCAUGCAUUUGGUCUCUGCACAGAAUGUGACGCUCCCUUUUUAUUUCAUGGGCCUUUCAGCUCCGCUGUUUGCAAACUGAAACCAAUAGUUCAAAGCUGCAGCUUUGCACCUCAGUUAGUUUAACUUCCUUGUGAGGGUGUAAAAUCCCUGGUGAGCUCUGUAGUCCUUUGCAUCUGUGCAUGUAGGCUUAUUUUUAUUGUGCAUAUUUUAAGUACAGUAAUACUUGCUGUAUUGGAUCUUGAAUUAUAGAAGUUUAUAUUUUUGUGUUUUUGUACUAUGCAAACUGCUUAGAAGCCUGUUUUGGCAUUAAGCGAUUAUUAAUAAUAAUAAUAAUAAUAAUAAUAAUAUUUUUUAUUUAUACCCCGCCCUCCCCAGCCAAGGCUGGGCUCAGGGUGGCUAACAACCAAUAAUAAUAACGAAUACAACUUAAAAACAAGAUUAAAAUACAACAUUAAAACAAUAAAAUGCAGCCUCGUCACAGGAGGAGAAAGGAAAAAAAGAAAAAAGAAAUUAUUAUUUUUUUAUUUAUUACUUAUACCCCCGCCCAUCUGGCUGGGUUUCCCCAGCCACUCUGAGCUGCUUUCAACAGAAUAUUUAAAACACAAUAAAACUUCAAACAUUAAAAACUUCCCUAAACAGGGCUGCCUUCAGAUGUCUUCUAAAAGUCAAAUAGUUGUUUAUUUCCUUGAUAUCAGAUGGGAGGGUGUUCCACAGGGUGGGUGCCACUACCAAGUAGGCCCUCUGCCUGGUUCCCUGUAAACCUCACUUCUCGCAGUGAGGGAACCGCCAGAAGGCCCUUAGCGCUGGACCUCAGUGUCUGGGCAGAAUGAUGAGGGUGGAGACGCUCCUUCAGGUAUACUGGGCCGAGGCCGUUUAGGGCUUUAAAGGUCAGCACCAACACUUUGAAUUGUGCUCGGAAACGUCCUGGGUGCCAGUGUAGGUCUUUCAGGACCGGUGUUAUAUGGUCCCGGCGGCCACUCCCAGUUACCAGUCUAGCUGCCGCAUUCUGGUGAUAACAUAGUGAUAAUAGCAGGCUCCUUGACUUCACUUGUUUCUUAGAACACCCUGGAAGGCUUGGCUUGUUAGGACUCGGCUACAUUAGUUUAAAAAACAAAAAACAGCUUUUGAAUGCAUUUUAAACAUGCAACAGCAGAUGGAGCUGGAGAGCAAAAAAAAAUUCUUUGCAAUUUUUCGUAACCUUUUUUCUUUUGUUAUAACAAUGUAAUUUCUGACUUAUUUAUAGUGGGGUUUUCCCUGUGUGUAGAUUCAUCCUUAGUUUCUCUCUUGCUUUCGAUCUUCACACACUACAUUUGACGAGUGUACAAGCUGUGUACAAAGUAGGCAAGCUGCACAAAUUAACAAGUAUAAACCCUUUUCCACACAAGCACUUGCACCUGUGUUCAGGAUAAUAUGUGAACAAGCCUGUUCCCUCUUUCUCUCCAUGCUUCUUUCACAUGCAGUUCCAAGCUCUUCUCCACAAAAUAAAAUCAUAUAUGUAUUUAAAGUGUCGUGGGACUUCUCUCUUCCCCACCCCCUCUGGAAAUAUUUAUCUUCCCUGUUUUGUUUUUUAAUAGUAAAAUAGUUUUGAUGGUUUGGGAUGGAAGGGGAUGAAGGAUGCUUUUCAACGAAAGGAAAUUUAAAUUCUAACACCUAACGCUUCUUUUUUGCUAGGGAAGAACUUGAUGUUUAUUGUAUUAAGAGACGGCACAGGAUUCCUUCAAUGUGUCUUAUCAGACGAACUGGUAAGCUGCUUUGAAGUGUGUGUGUGUGCGCGCGCACACACACUCUCCUCACCCUUCUUUCUCCAACACACACACACACACACACACAAAAAAAAACACCCCUUGCUUUUACUCUUCUUCCACUCCCAAACCCCCAGGGUCACAAGUUAACAAAGAGAAAAUACAGAAAAAGCGAGGCUGAGGAGGAGGUCUGGGUGUGUAGCAUCUUUGAGUCCUUUUGAUAGGUCAAGGAUGAUGGGAGUUGUGGUCCACCAAUGCGGUGCAGCCAACACACAUUUUGGAGAGGAAAUUAAAUAAUGUUCGGGUGUGGAAAGUUCAGAAGAGGACCCAUUACGAUCCAGUCCGUCCCAGUUCUGGAGUGCUCUGUCCUCAGAAUCUGGCGGCCCACCGGAAGUUGAGUGGUACAAGACUGCAGCGAUCAUCCAACACAUUGGAUUACAAUCGCUAAAACAGGCAGAAAAAAAAUAAUUAAGUGGUCCAUCAAGAUCUCUUAAGACCCUCAGAAAUCUUCAAGCGGUCUGGUGAGAAGAAAGUUUGGGAACCACUAAGAGAGAACAAAAGGGAGCGAUGGGAGCUGACGACAAACGGAAUUCUGUGGCUCAAACAUGGCCGCCCCAAGUUCUUACAUGGGUGCGUCCAUGUAUUUUUUUCCUAUACAGUUCCUUCUGAGAGCAAUGGAACAUUGUCAAGUUCUCUUUCUCCCUGGAGGAACUUUCUCUGUUCAAGGUGAAAAUGGCAGUAGGAAUCUCAGUGUGCUAGCUCCUCCAUGAUAUCUGGGGUUUUGCAGAACAAUUAAAAGGGGUGAGGGGGAGAGGCAGCGCUGAAACCUGCCUGGACUCGGGAUCUGAUCUGCGUCAUGAAUCUGCCCCGAUCAAAUCAGACGAGUCGUCUUUGGAAUUCACAAUCUAUGGAUUCCUCCUCCAUCCCUAAGCGAGAGACAACUCUUGGCUCUCGUGAUGAAGCAUUCUAAGUGUUUCCUUGGGAGUGGUGUGCUCCCAUUUGCUCUUUAAAAAAGAAAAGAAAACAGGUAAAAGCCUAGCCCACACAGCCUGAAUUUCCCCCUCUGUUUCUCUCUCUGUUUGAGAGCCAGUGUGGUGUAGUGGUUAAGAGCGGUAGUCUCGUAAUCUGGUGAACCGGGUUCGCGUCUCCGCUCCUCCACAUGCAGCUGCUGGGUGACCUUGGGCCAGUCACACUUCUCUGAAGUCUCUCAGCCUCACUCACCUCACAGAGUGUUUGUUGUGGGGGAGGAAGGGAAAGGAGAAUGUUAGCCGCUUUGAGACUCCUUCGGGUAGUGAUAAAGCGGGAUAUCAAAUCCAAACUCUUCUUCUUCUCCCUUCUAGUGCCAGUGUUACAAUGGAGUUGUCCUCUCAACCGAGAGCACCAUUGCUAUCUAUGGAACGCUGAACCUUCUUCCAGAAGGCAAACAGGUGAGUAAGGGAGUCUGCUUGCUCUCUCCUUGCUCCUGCCAAGGGAAGGGCUCUAGCUGGAAGGUAGGGAGUUUGCUUUGCAUUCCAAAGGUCUUCCGUUUGGCAUUUUCUGGUCGGGCUGAGGAAGCCCCUUAUCUGAACCCCUGGAAAGUCACUGCCAGUCAAAAUGGCCGCCCUGUUCUGCAGGUAGUAGGGAAUGUUUGUUUUUUGUUUUAGUUUAGGGAAGCUUUUAAUGUUUAAUAGACUAUUGUAUUUUAAUAUUUUGUUGGAAGCCGCCCAGAGUGGCUGGGGAAACCCAGCCAGAUGGGCGGGGUAUAAAUAAUAAAUUGUUGUUGUUGUUAUAAUAGUCAUCCUCUUCCAAGCAUGGUAUUGCUCCAGGAGAUGAUCAGACAGGCUUUGGAAACCAAUAGAGAUUUGCAGAUGACAUGGCUGGCCUUGGUUAAGUUUCAGAAGUUGAUUGUGUAAACUGAUUUGCUAUUGGUGUUUUUUCUUGUGAGAAACAUGGUGACUGGCAACGGCCACUGUUGUCUUACAGCUAGAGCAUUUCUGGAUAAGGUCUCAAAGUGUCUGUAAAGCUAGGUUUGAUUUUGAGGCUCUGUUCAAUGUUUUGAGAGUGAGAAGAGUGCUCAAGACUUGCAGUUUCUGCCGCUAGCAGCUGGAAGUCAUUUAGUCCCAAAGACCAUAAUUCUGUUGACUAUAUAGCUCUGAUGUGGAGAUGGGAAUGCAAAUAAAUGGGUUAUCUUGGUUUCAAAGCCAGAAAUACAGCAUGCAUGGCGGUUAAGUGCUGCUGUAGCCCUGUGUCAACAUCACACGUGUUAUUCACCUGCUAAAUAUAUUCCUUGAAAGUCGUUCCCCCCCCACAACACCCCGCCAUCUCAAGAAGAAAGGACUGCCAAGCUGGUUAAAUGGGAUAUUAUCAUUGAAGGAAAGAAUUUUGAUGGUGUUAAUCACUCAAGUCUGGUUUUUCCAUUGUGAUACAUAGUUUUAAGUAAUAAUAAUAAUCUAAUUUAUUAUACCCCACCCAUCUGGCCAGGCCUCCCCAGCCACUCUGGGCGGCUUCCAACAGAAUAUUAAAAACACAAUAAAACAUCAAACAUUAAAAACUUCCCUAAACAGGGCUGCCUUCAAUGUCUUCUAAAAGUCAGAUAGUUGUUUAUUUCCUUGACAUCUGAUGGGAGGGUGUUCCACAGGGCGGGCGCCACUACCGAGAAGGCCCUCUGCCUGGUUCCCUGUAACCUCGCAGUGAGGGAACCACCAGUAAGCCCUCAGAGCCGGACCUCAGUGUCCAGGCUGAACGAUGCGGGUGGAGACGCUCCUUAUAAAUUCGCAGGAAAUGAAACCUGUAAUAUUAACCAGCAGGGGGAGCUUGUGGAGUUAUCUAGAGAAAGAAUUUAAUUUGCCUGAGAAAUAAUGCAUUGGCCUUUGGGAUGUGUUUAGUACCACCCAUGUUGUAUUAUUAGCUCAGAUAUAAGAAUAAAACAAUGCAAAAUCAUACUGUCAGGGGAUGCCUCCCACACCCAAGUUUUUGUUUUCUGAAUCUCUGGCUCCAUCUGCACUGUUGAUUUAAAGUAGUACCAUACCACUUUAACAGUUGUGGCUCCCCCCAGAAAGGAAAGAAUCCUGGGAGCUGUAGUUUUUGUUAAGAGUGCUUGGUACUCCCCUGUUCCCCUCCCAGAGCUACAAUUCCCAGAUUUCCUUGGGAAGAGGGACUGAUUGAUAAACCACGCUGGAAACUGUAGCUCUGUAAAGUGAGUAGGGGGACGACCCCCAUCCUCUCCUGAUCUUUGCACACUUAACUUGGAGACCUGCAGGAAGAGUCUUAUAACUGUGUUCAACUGAUUGGGAAACCUAAUUGCAGGAAGGUUUCAGCUUAACACAGUUAGAAAUCCCGCUUUGUGGUCUUUUGCGUGAAGUUCAGGAGAAGAGAAAGGGCUUGUGUGGACCUUAGAAGGAGGAGGGGGCUUGCAGGUGUGUCCCUGUCCCAUUUUAAUCUCUGCAUGUGACAAUGACAAAAAUCCACCAACAGCACACAAAUCAAUAUGGCUAACCUGAUCCAAAACACCCACCCACCCCACUCAACACAUGAAAACAAAGACCGCCACAGCCAACCACAAAUGAACAACCACACCCUAGGCCAACCCCAACCUCUCUCACCACCAAAGGAACACAAGCAGAGAACGCACAAGCAACGCUGACACCAAACCCUACAUUGUAGUGAAAUAGAAACAUCGCCACCCGACCCCCCCAUCUCUCCCCCCUCCACCUCUUUCCCCCUUUUCUUCCUAAUGUCUCAACGAAUGAAACUGAUUUGUAAAAAUGUUACAUGGGGAAAAAACACGAGAGAGAGAGAGACAUCACACACUUUUGUAAAUCAACAAAAUCUUUUUUAUAUAUAUAUAUAUAAAAAAUAAAAUAAAAUAAUCUCUGCAUGUGUGUCAAGGGGCUGCUGGGGAAUGCCCCAGAGCUGAGGGAGGGGGAAGAACGGGAGCCUUUAGAAAAGACAGGAGAGGGAGAGGAGGACAAGCAAGCGGAAGGGACUCAAGCGGCGAGGACACUCCCGGAUGCUGGAGAGCAGCAACUCCACUUGACUAGUUCAGGGACAGAGGGAGACUCAAUGCCCAUUCCUUCGGCACAGGACAGGAGGGGGUUAAAACAUAGGGAACAAAGGAGGCGUUUGGGGCUUCCCAAGCUCCUCUGCUGGAGGAGGAGCAGAAACCUCCCACUUCCUGGAUCUGCUACCGAGGAUUCGGAUGCAUGAAGCUAUGCUCUGUACCUUUGUAAAUAAGGACUGUAAAUAUAUCUCUGAGUGAGUAGAGGUAUUCCUUGCGAAAGGCUUCUAGACCCAUCACAAUGGGACUUUGGACCACCUGAUGUGCUGUUGUUUGCUGGUACAGAGAGCCUUGUUGGUAGUUGCAGGUGAUUUUAACAGAGCAUAAUAUUUAUGCUUCCAUCGCUUUCUCUUUCAACCUAUGCGCACACCCAACCAUAGGCUCCAGGAGGCCAUGAGCUGUGUUGUGACUACUGGGAGCUCAUUGGCCUGGCUCCCGCUGGUGGGGCUGAUAACCUUGUCAAUGAAGAGUCAGAUGUGGAUGUGCAGCUGAACAACCGGCACAUGAUGAUUCGAGGAGAGAACAUGAGCAGGAUCUUCAAAGUGCGCUCCGUGGUUGUCCAGUGCUUCAGGGAUCACUUCUUCGACCGAGGGUAUUACGAAGUAAGUAGAUCUGCUGCUUCGCUGAUCUUAAAGGAAGGUUCUCCAGUCUCUGGGAUCCUCCUUCCCACUCAAAGAAGUAAACCUGCAGCCUUUUAUAAAGUUAUUAUUAGCUCUUUUUUUUCUCUUCUCUUUUCUUACUAUUUUCUGUUUAGAUUUACAGUCGUACCUUGGAUCACAAACGCCUUGGUACUGGGAUGUUUCGGUUCCCAAACACCACAAACCCGGAAGUGAUUGUUCCAGUUUGCGAACAUUCUUUUGGAACCUGAACAUCCAAAGGGGCUUCCACGGCUUCUGAUUGGCUGCAGGAGCUUCCUGCAGCCAAUCAGAACACACAAUUUGGUUUUUGAAUGUUUUGGAAGUCGAACGGACUUCCGGAACGGAUUCCGUUCAACUUCCAAGGUACGACUGUAGUUUGCUUUUUAAUCGUGAUGUAAAAAGUUUUAAUAAAACUUUUUUUUAAAAAGUUCUUUAUUAGAUUUCUCUCUUGCUUUUGAUACAGCAGACUACUUCUGUCUUGUUCUUUCUGAACUGUACACAAAGAAUCCAACAUUUAGCUCUCGGGCUUAAGUUAGCUCUUCGGAGGUAGACAGGAAAUGGUGUUACUCAGUACAUGCAUAAUCUCAUUUCUGCUUCCCUUCUAGGUCACCCCUCCAACGCUGGUCCAAACGCAGGUUGAAGGAGGCUCCACUCUGUUCAAGAUGGACUAUUUUGGCGAAGAAGCCUUUUUGACACAGUCCUCCCAGCUGUAUCUGGAAACUUGCAUCCCUGCCCUGGGAGACACUUUCUGCAUUGCCCAGUCCUACCGAGCUGAGCAGUCUCGGACCCGCAGGCAUCUGGCUGAGUAAGAGACCCUUUUUGUGGCAGAGCUGGGGAACCUUUUAUAGCCCUUCAAAUAUUCCUGAAUUACAAACCCCAUAAUCCUCAGCCCAGUGAAUGGCCAGGGGUGGUGGGAAUUGAACAGAAAGCCUGCAACUUGCACACACACACACACAUUUAACUUGUGCGCGUUCAGAUUUGGCAAAACAAAACAAGAAAGAAAAUUAAAAAGGGGUUGAGCGUUCAGGAAAAAAGACUUUGCCACCUCCCAUUGACUAUGUACAAUUUUGGUUUUAGGCAUGAUAAUCCGAAACUUAACCCCCAUGUCUGUUGCGGGCUUGCUGUAGUUCAGCAGUGUCAGGAGGGCCAAAGAUUCCUCACACCUGGUGUAUGGGGCAGAACAGUGCUGUAGUGUGGGUUGCCAGUGCCCAGGGCAAGGCAAGUAUCCUCAGCACCGCCAACUGAUAGGCUAGAACAAAGGGGCAAUCGUUCAGCAACCUACCAAAGUGGGACGGACUUGGUCGGGAGCGGUUAUCUUUCUAAAGCUCAUGCAGAGGGGGUCCUAGGAACCGGACAUCUCCCAAAUCUGCUCCUCAGUCCACCCACACGAACACUGGGAGAUUUUCUGUGUGAUGGGGAGGGCAUGCCAUUUAUUAUUAUUGCUGCUUUCUUCUUUUUUCUUUUAACAAUAGUAAUAAUAAUAAUAAUACAUUUUUAUUUAUACCCAGCAGCUAACACCAGUAAAAUCACAAUUAAAAAAACCCCCCAAUUUAAAAUACAGGUUAAAAUAUAAUUUAAAAUGUAGCUUCAUUUUAAUAGUAGCCCAUAGAUAAGGGGAGGGAAACAUAAGGGUCAGACUGAGUCCAAACCAAAGGCCAGGCGGAACAGCUCUGUCUUGCAGGCCCUGCGGAAAGAUGUCAAGUCUCGCAGGGCCCUAGUCUCUUGUGACAGAGCGUUCCACCAAGUCAGGGCCAGUACUGAAAAGGCCCUGGCUCUGGCUCUGGCCCUAGUUGAGACCAGUCUAACCACCUUGCGACUUGGGACCUCCAAGGUGUUGUCAUUUGUGGACCUUAAGGUCCUCUGUGGGGCAUACCAGGAGAGGCGGUCCCGUAGGUACGUGGGUCCUAGGCCACAUAGGGCUUUAAAGGUCAAAACCAGCACCCCUAAGAAUUUUGCGCAGAAUGUGGUUUUGUGCUAUUUCAGAGCAGGUAAGAAAGUGGCCUGCAGGUUGUUGGUAACAACUGGCUGUUGAGCACUUUGUGUACGUUGACUUUUUUAAAAAACAGUAAUUGACCGACUGAGGUCAUGAGGCUGAGUUGCAGAGGCUUUUGGGCCUAGCCUUGUCGGCCUUUCAUAGCUAUGUAGAAGGGAGAAGUUCAGUUCAGGUGGCUCUUCCCACCUCGGCAGCAGUGCCACGAAGAGACAGGUACCUGCCUAUCUUUUAGAAUUGUGAGCCACACUGAGUCCUGUUUAGCGCAGUUCCCAUGUUGUGAUCUCAGUCUAAUAAGCCACCGUUUGCAAGGCUGUGUUUAAAGAAAAGGUGCUCAGCUGGUGCUUUUGUUGUCGUUUAGUCGUGUCCGACUCUUUGUGACCCCAUGGACCAGAGCACGCCAGGCACUCCUGUCCUCCACUGCCUCCUGCAGUUUGGUCAAACUCCUGCUGGUAGCUUCGAGAACACUGUCCAACCAUCUCGUCCUCUGCCGUCCCCUUUUCCUCAUGCCCUCAAUCUUUCCCAACAUCAGGGUCUUUUCCAGGGAGUCUUCUCUUCUCAUGAGGUGGCCAAAGUAUUGGAGCCUCAGCUUCACGAUCUGUCCUUCCAGUGAGCACUCAGGGCUGAUUUCCUUAAGAAUGGAUAGGUUUGAUCUUCUUGCAGUCCAUGGGACACUCAAGAGUCUCCUCCAGCACCAUAAUUCAAAAGCAUCAAUUAUUUGGCGAUCAGCCUUCUUUAUGGUCCAGCUCUCACUUCCAUACAUCACUACUUGGAAAACCAUAGCUUUAACUAUAUGGACCGUUGUUGGCAAGUUGAGGGGAAGCAGUUUGCAGGCAAUAAGACUGCGAGUUCCCAACGUGUUUUAUAUUGAAGGCGUCAAUGUUCUCCUGCAGAUACACACACAUUGAAGCAGAAUGCCCUUUCAUGACCUUUGAAGACCUGCUGAACCGUCUCGAGGACCUUGUCUGUGAUGUAGUGGACAGAGUCCUGAAAUCCCCAGCGGCUGACAUGCUUUAUGCCCUCAACCCAGUAAGUGGCAGCGUGAAAAACAAAAGUUCUCCUCUUUUUACUAAAGCGUCUUUGCUUCUAAAUCUUCAGGGGCCCAAGGCAACGCAAAGUGACUUACAACCAGAGCUUUUUUCCUAAAAAAAAAUGUUUAGGGGUGGUACUCAUUUUCACUUGAGAAAAGCACCAUCAAAUUGGGGUGGGAAAUGAAUACAGUAAAUGGACAAAAGUACAAAGAACAUGCAUUACCUCAUCUUACGUAGUUGACAGCUCACAGUAGCUUCCAUAUUGGCAUGAGGUUGUUUGCACUGACAUCUCAUAUUGAAACACUGCCCCUCAAUGAGGCCAAACUUUAAUCAGUAAAACACCACACAUCCACAUUCCACACUGCUUCACACAUUAAACGCUCACUUCCAUCUGAAGCUCUGGAGAUACCAGGAAAGGAAAUGAGGCUGCCAUCGGGGGUAGCAACAGAACUGACAAUUCACCGUGCUAGAGAAGAAACUUUUUUUUUUUUAGUUUCUUCUCCCAUUAGAUUCACAAAACGUUUAGGGGUAUGCGUACCCCUGUGUACCCCCCAGAAAAAAAGCACUGCUUACAACCCAAAGAGACCUACUUUAUACUGUAAGCUGAUCAGAGCUCCCAUCUUGUGAGGAUGGUUGGGGUACGAAGAUGAUGAAAUAAAUGUGUAUUGUUUUAAUUAUUAUUAUUAAGUUACUUGUAUACUUUGGUCCGGGAUGCGGGUGGCGCUGUGGGUUAAACCACAGAGCCUAGGACUUUCCGAUCAGAAGGUCGGCGGUUCGAAUCCCCGCGAUGGGGUGAGCUCCCAUUGCUCAGUCCCUGCUCCUGCCAACCUGGCAGUUCGAAAGCAUGCCAGUGCAAGUAGAUAAAUGGGUACCGCUCCGGUGGGAAGGUAAACGGCGUUUCUGUGCGCUGCUCUGGUUCGCCAGAAGUGGCUUAGUCAUGCUGGCCACAUGACCCGGAAGCUGUACACUGGCUCCCUCGGCCAAUAAAGCGAGAUGAGCGCCGCAACCCCAGAGUCGGCCACGACUGGACCUAACGGUCAGGGGCCCCUUUACCUUUAUACUUUGGUCCACAAGCUACCAUAACUUGCCUUUGCAAAUUGUUGCUUUUGGAAUACUGUGGUCUUCCUCAGGCCGUUUCCUUCCUCUGUGUUUGCAGAACUUUGAGCCCCCGAAGCGCCCUUUCAAACGGAUGAACUACACAGAUGCCCUUGUAUGGCUGAAGGAAAAUAACGUGAAGAAGGAAGACGGCACAUACUACGAAUUUGGAGAGGUGAGCCUCUUGGUUUCCUGUUCAGCCUGCUUUUGUCCACUUGUGUUCCUUCAAAAUCUAUUGCAUUGCUUGCUAAGUGUUCUGUGUGGGGCUGCCAUGCAGAAGAAGGUUGUUUGCAGACAUGGGCAGAUUUCUACAUCCAAGCAGUUGACCAGGAAGGCCAGUUAAAUGGAAUACAUGACUCCCAAGUUAACAACAGCUACACUGGCUUCCAGUCCGUUUCCAGAUGGAGUAGAUAGCAAAUACAGUUCUGUGUUUCCACUUCAAGUCUCCCGCCUCUUUUUAAGGGAUUCCCCCUCAAAUAUUGUAUUGUAUUCCUGUAAACUAUGUAGGUUCCCCUGCCCCCCCCAAAAAACCUGCUGAUGCCUCUCUCUUGUAGCUGUUUUAGCUCUAUGAGGCAUAUUUGGAGAAUGAGUUUGCUAUUAGCCUAUAGCAGCCUUGCACAACCUGGUGCCAUGCAGAUACUUUGGAUUCGAACUCGCAUCAGCCCCAGCCCCAAUUUGCUUCUCGGCUGCCGGGUGAUAAGUGGUUUGAAGAGGGAGUCCGGCAUGUAUAUCUAAGCACAUAUUGCAGGUAGAGGAACCCCCAACUACAAUUCCCAUCACCCCAAGCCACGCUUGCUGUGGGUGAUGGGAGUUGUAGUUCUGCAACACCUGGAUGGCCAAAGGUUCCCCACACACCUGAUUUAUUGGUUGCCUAGUCAACGGGCGUUCAAAAUUGCAAGCUGAGUUUGCAAUCUCUAUAUAAAUAAGUAGCGGCAAGUAACGUGAAAUGCCAGGGUGGCUCGAGAAACAGUUCCCUUGAGCAGGGAAGUGGCUUAAUGAGUGGAAGCAUGGCAAGAGGUGUUCUUAGGCAGUAGAUGAGCUAAUAAUAAGUCUUGUUCCCUGUCCGUAGGAUAUUCCAGAGGCCCCCGAGAGACAGAUGACGGACGCCAUUAAUGAGCCAAUCUUGCUGUGUCGAUUUCCUGCUGAGAUAAAGUCUUUCUACAUGCAGCGCUGCCCUGAGGAUCCCCGCCUUACUGAAUCUGUCAGUUUGCAUUCCCCGCACAUAUCCCAUGCAGGGGCUAAGCCUGGGGAGGGACGGAGCUGUUAAGACAUCUUCUUAAUGGGUGUUUUUGCCCUCUGUUAAAAGGCUGCGUAGAUAUAUUUUAAGAGAGGCGUGAAUGUAAGGGUUAGAGGGUUCUCGCAACCAAUGUAAUCAUUAGAGCAGAACACUCCUCUUGAAGCAAGCCUUGUUUUCCAGUUGUUUUAACUACAUUAAGAGGCUGGUGUACAAUGUCACUGAGCUAUACUUUAAGGAAGGGUUUUCCAAACUUGGGUCCCUAGCUGUUUUUGGACUACAACUCCUAUCAUCCCUAGCUAGCGGGACCAGUGCUCAGGGAUGAUGGGAAUUGUAGUCCCAAAGCAAUUGUGGACCGAGGUGUGGGAAACCCUGCUUUUUAAGGGUUACAUCACAUUCAUGAGCAUCCCUUGAUUUCUGGCACUUGCUGAAUGAGGUUUGGUCAAAACAGUCUGCAGAAUAGAAGUAGUAAGAUUGUGUCACGUCAAAUUGCAGGUAGGAGGCUUCCUAUGUAUUUUGAGUGUUCCCUGCAUGUAGUAAUUUAGCACAUCGGAGAGAGCUAUGUUAAAUUUCUUUCUGAUGGGCCUGUUUUCUACAUGCAGGGAAUCUCUUUUGAACUAUGGUCCAGCCUUUAGCACCACCUCCACCUGAAGUGAUAAGAGCUUAGAAUUCUGCCACUCAGUUCUGUGUAGAGUAGCUCUUACUCCAUAGAAAAAAACAUUGUAUGUUUCUAGCGACACAUAGGCUCUAAUCUGUGCUGGCUCCUGUAUAUAAUCCUAUGAUAAUCUCUGCUGGGCUUCGUGGUGCUUAGUGCCUUCCAUAAGCUUUAGAUGAUGGCCCAGCUGUGUUCCUAUCUGGACUGGGAUAGCCUAUCAGUUAUGCUCUGGUAACCUCUAAGGUAGAUAACUGCAUCACAUUAUAUGUGGGGCUGCCCCUGAAGACUGUUCAGAAACUUCAGCUGGUGCACAAUUCCAUGGUCAGGUCGCUCACUGGGGCGAGAUGGUUUGAGCAUUUAACACAAAUCCGGGUCUGACUGCACUGGCUGCCAAUUAGUUUCUAGGCCCAAAUUCAAAGUGCUGGUUUUGACCUAUAAAGCCAUCAAUGGCUCAGGACCGCAAUACCUCAAGGACCGCCUCUCCCCAUAUGAACUGACCUGGACCCUGGGAUCAUCAUCUAAGGCUCUUCUUCAUGUGCCUCCUCCAUGAGAAGUCUGGGUGGGGGGGCAACACAAGAAGAGGAAUGUUUUUGCUUGGCAGGGAGAGGAGCUGUACUUUCAGUCCAGUCGUAGGAAGUCUGCAACCCACCUGGGAGCCACAGAAACUGGGUUUGAGGAAACGCCUGGUGGGCCACAAAUGGUCCAGCAGCUAAUUAACUUGAUCCCCUCCCCCUCUUUCCUUUUUCCUUUCUCUUUCUGUGAUGGAACUCCUAUUUGGGGACUUCCCUGGCUUUUUUUCUGGCCCACAUAGGACCAGUCUGGAUAGUUGGCCUUGGUGAAGAUUUGACGUUUUCAUCCCCAAAAAGUUGUUGAUUUGAGUUUCUGCUGAAAUGAGGCUGCAUUUUAAUGUUGUAUUUUAAUCAAUUGUGUUAUACCUGGUGUUAGCCUCCCUGAGCCUGGUCUUGGCUGGGGAGGGCGGGGUAUAAAAAAAAAUUAUUAUUAUUAUUAAUUAUCUGGCUCUUGCUUAAACUGUUCAACAUGCUUCGUCCUGCCUCUUUUUAGGUUGAUGUGUUGAUGCCUAACGUCGGCGAGAUCGUUGGAGGCUCAAUGCGUAUUUGGGACAGCGAUGAGCUGCUGGAAGGCUACAAGAGAGAAGGGAUUGACCCCACGCCUUAUUAUUGGUACACCGACCAGGUGCGUGUUGAUGGUCUUGUUCCUUUGGCCAACUGUUGCAGCCCAGCCACCAUGCUCAAACGCAACACGUAGAGUCGUAGACCAAGGCAGGCAACAACAAACGUCUGGCGGGCCAGUUAGCCUUUAAAGGGCUUAAAAGUUGUUUUUUAAUUUCACGUUUCCCACCUGGCUUUAUGUUUUCUGAGUACAACCAAGCCAGAGGCAGUGAUGAGUCUAGGAUGUUGGAGCGAAUGUGAUGAGGAUAAAUCUAUCCCCUGAUCUUUUGCGCUGGGAGUUUUCCCUGGGAGGGUGUCUUGCCUAUUUUGGACACCACGUACGGCCACACCUCUUCAUUCGAAGCCAUGUCAACGCAUUCACAAACCCAUAGCAUGCUGGGUAAGGAGGAUGGAGGACCGAGAGGGAAACUCCUGCUCCUCCCUCCUGGCAGCUGCUGCCCCCUCUUGCGAACGGCUACUGCUGCUUCUUCAGAUUCUUCUGAAUUGCAACUUGGAGGGCUCAUCUGGCAGGAGGAAUUUGAAACUCUCUCGCUUAGGGGCUGCCUCCUUUUUCUCCAGUUGCUGGGUGACCCAAAUGGUCGUGCUUGACGCAUUGUACGUUGCAGAUGGCUGGUUUCUGUGGCAGGGGGCUGGCUCCCCUACUCCCCCACCCCACUCGCCGAAGGAGCAAUUCGUUCCGAUUCGUGCAAUUUCCCAUUGCCAUUCCUGACACGGAGUUCUGCUGUGUGGCCUCAACUGUAGCGUUCAAAACCUUGGGGAGGUGUUGUCUUUCCUUAACCUGUUUGUUUCAUAAUUUGCUGAACUGACGCUGGUUUUGAAAACGCCGUGUGUCUAGGGAGCGUGGGCCGAUCGGGCUGAUCUUAACCCCAGCCGGUGACCCAAGGCGGCAGCACGUCAGGGCUGACAGAGGGGUCUUAGGUGGAGUGCAGGGGGCGGAUUUUGUUUGCGAUUGCCAGCACUAGGCAAAAGCUUGAGGUGCUGGUACCUUCCUAACUGCUCGCUUUGGUGCCACCGCACCACUUCUGAGGAUGGACGGGGGAUAUAAAUGCAAAUACCCGACCAUAAGACGCACCUAGUUUUUAGAGGAGGAAAACAAAAAAAAUUUCUGAACGAAACAGUGGGUGUAUGAUUUUUGUGGCCACAGACAUGAUAUGUGAUUUGAUGGUGAGUUUGGGGUAGCCCAGUGCAAAAAUCCUGAGAAUCCAUGUGGAUCUGUGCUUUGUAACCACAUUUUUGCGCCAUUGCGGCCCCACGAAACAGUGGGUGCUUGAUUUUUUUUUUUGGGUGCAGGCUGUAGCCAUGGACAUGCUAUGUGAUCUGAUGGUGAAUUUGGGGUGACCCAAUGCAAAAAUCCUGAGGAUCCAUGUGCUUUUACCUCCCCCCUCCCAGGCAGCCUCCUUUAUCGCCCGAGUCCCUUAUCUCCCUCCGAUCGCUUGCCGGCUUUGUUUCAACACCCCCGUCCCUCUUUCUUAAAAAAAUAAAAAGGACGAUCUGUUUUUUGCCCCUGGGCAAUUCAGCUCCAGGGACCACGCAUUUGCUCUGUAAGACGCACAGACUUACUUUUUAGGAGGAAAAAAGUGUGUCUUAUGGAGCGAAAAAUACGGUAAUUCUGGGUAUGCUGGCACUAGGGCACUGCUCUUGGGAUCAGGCUGCGAGACAGGCACGUUUGUGGGUGUUCUGCUCAUAGGGUUUUCCAUUUGUCCGUCGAGUGACUUGUUUCUUUCUUGUUUGGCUUUGCAGCGUAAAUAUGGCACGUGCCCUCACGGUGGCUAUGGCCUGGGCUUGGAAAGAUUCCUCACCUGGAUCCUGAACAGGCACCAUAUCCGGGAUGUGUGUCUGUACCCACGCUUUGUCCAGCGCUGCAAACCUUAACCCAUGUUGCUCUUGUGGCAAAAGUCCAGCAGUCUUUAAGCAACACCCUCCUCCCCUCAAGCUCCGCAGAGCACAUCUCAUCAUCCUUAUAAAGCCAUCCUGACAGGAAAUCCAAGAGAUCAACUUCUUUUCCUUUUUCUACCUCCCAACCUUUUCCAAAUGAGAAUCUGGAAAUUUGAAUUGCAGUCCACUGAUUUCAGAAAACCCUUCUUUCUCCUCCUUUCCCAUAUUUUCUCCCCUCAUCAAUCCUAUUGAUGCAUUUUAACUUAUUGAUUGCUAGGAUAAACAAGCAGUGUGCAGUACUUAAGAAAUGCACUUCUGUAGCAGCGCAGAGCCCAUAAAAUAAUCGGGUUGUUUGGUUAAAAGGAGCCAGAAGCAGGGCUUUUGAAAAGGGAAUAUUUGAGUUUUCUCCCCAAAACAAAAUUCAUUAGUAAGUGCACAAUGUAACAUAAUAUAAUAUAUCUAAUACAAUAAUCUGGGAUAGUGUACUGCUACCCUGAGGGACAAACUAAGCCCCCCAGCUAUUUUGGCCGUGGUCAGUGGCAUCCAGUUUAAACGUUUUCCCAAUCCAACAUCAGAGUUCGUAAGAAAAUCAUGCCAUCUCCAUUCUUCAGGUAAACAGCUGAAAUGUAGAGAUAAUACUGUUCUCCCCAACAAAACACUCAGCUUGGCAGAGUGACUAGAAUGAUAAAAGCAUUACAGUGUAAAGAACCACCCAACUGAGAGGAGAACUAAACUCUAGAUACCUUUUACCUCAUCCCUUAAAAUUUUUCAGCCUGAAUUCUUAGAAGUGGUGGCUGGGCAGAGGUCGGGCCCUUUAACUCUGCCUUGAAAAAUUUCUUCAUUAACAAAGUGCUGCCCUAAAGUUACUACAGCUCUAAGCCGUAGUAACCUACUAUUCCCUAAUGGGUGAGAUUAGGGUGGAGAAUAUGAUGGUCUUUUUUCUUUUAGCCUUUCAUGUGAAAAUCUUGUGUACCUCUUGUGUGGCAGGAUAUUCCCUGCUCGGGCAACAUUGAAAAAUCAACCCUAAGCAAUUGUACCCAUAAGGAUCCCUUCCUGCCACUGUAUUUUCAUUAUAUCUGCAUUUUGAACAUGGCACUAAUUGAUGACUUCGCUUGCCCAAGUAAGGGUGGCUGCUGUCCAGACUCCCAGUUCCAUCAAAACGUUUUCAGCAAAUGUUCUCUUGGCAGAAGCCUCUUGUGUUUCACACUCGGUUAAGUUGCUUUUCAACAUGCCUUGUGUUACGUAGUUCAGAAAGAUGGUCUGAUACAGCUUGCAUUCCAGGAACCCCGGGAACUGAAGUUUUGAGAAGGUCCUUUGAUCCUUCUCGGUUUCUGGCUUAUCCUACCCACUGAAUGUCUUGGGUUUCUUAGGAAAGAGGGGCCAACUGAAAAUUAGAGGAGCUUUCAGGUGAUGAAGCUGACUGAUGUCUUUGUUCCUCCUCUUUCCAGCAAGUGUUAUGAAAAUGGUUUUUAGUUAUCAGACUAAUUUAACUGGAGCAAAGUACGGUGUGUGUGUGCGCGCUCUAGGUCGUUGCUGUAGGACCUUGCCUGGUCAGAUUUCUCUUAUUCUUCUCACUGUUACAUUUCUGUGAUGAUUGUGCAUGCCUUGUUUUCAAAGCUGGUUGGAUCUCGCAAUCAAUAAAUUCAUAGCACUGGAGGGGGGAAAUGGUC